AUGAUUGCGUCUGGCCUAUUGAAUAAUGAGCUAGUAUCCUGGUCAAAGUCUGGGCUAAUUGCGUACGUGGAUAAUGAAUCUGGUUAUGCUAACUUGUGCGUAACAUUACUGGAGACCAUAAAUGGUACCAAUUGGAGGCUGCGACCGAGCAAGAAAUAUGCUAUACAACCUUAUAUGCUGGAUACAUCAAGUACAGGAAACGGUUCCAAUACCGCGAAUGGCAAUGCAAGCGGGACAACUCAAAGAUCAAUCAAUCAUCUGAGUUCCAUCUAUUGGAACAAUACUCACAACCAUGCAGGUGACCAGUUGGCACUGUUUGAUGAUGUCGGAAAUCUGACGGUAUUAUCCGCUGGUCAAACAGUUGAGGGUGCUUCUACCUUCGAUAAAUUAUUUGUUCUAUUCCAGGACAAUGGUUACAAGAUCUACAGCCAAAGUGCUCCAUUACAGGAAAGCACGUCCGGCAUCAAAGCAACCCGCGCUCUAGCAAAGAGAGACACUCAUGCCACAAUAGUAGAAUUCCACUGGGUGGGCACCCCUACGCCUCUGUUUGCACUUUUACGCGCUCGCAAAGAUCCAUCGACCUCUGCUUUCAAAAGUCAAGUUCAACAAUUUCAACCUUUAGGACUCACUCACCCAACCUCCAUAAAAUGUGCCUGCUUGGGAUUAAGAAGAGGUGGCCAACUAGACUUCUGGUAUCAGUUUUCCAACUCAAAAGAUUAUAAAAAGAUAUCGCUAAACCUGAAUAGCUGCCAGGAGUCUCGAAAUAAGCAAUUUGACUGGAUUCAAUGCGGAAAGGUGGCCCAAAUGGAGGAAGAUCAAGCCUCAAUUGUAGGUGCUUAUUCUAGGCUUUCCAAAAAACUCAUAUUCUACAAGCUCUCUGUCGAUUGGAAUAUCUCCUCUCAAAAUGCUGUAGCAGAUCCAAAAUUACAUUUACAGCACAUUAUCGAGUUUAGUCCGGACUUCUUAAGCGACAAGGGAGAGCCAGUUGAGCUGAAGGGUUUUGAGCUAUUAUCGGCCACCAGCAAUAAAGGAUCGGGCCCAGAGUUGCUUCUCUGCUAUGACGUAAUGGGCGUUUCACGUUCUAUUGUGAAGCGAUUUAAGCUCACACAGUUUACCCCUUCUUCAGAGCUAUGUGCGGUCUUCGGAGUUUUCAACACUGAAGACCAGGCUCUGCCGUUAUGCCAAUACUCUUUUGAAAAAGAGCAUGAGUACUCUUUUGACUGUACAAUCAGUGCGAUUGAUUACAUCUUUUCCGAAAACAUUGUGAUAUUUAGGCUCAAAGAUGGCCACAGCUCGACAUAUGACAGGCGGACCUGGAAAAAUGAAGAAGAACUAUCCAGAGAACCAAAGCAGGACAUAAUAUCAUCGGCAUUUUCCAAUGGGAUACGAAUUCCUGCCACCCUUCCGACAACUGCCUUUGAAUGGUCGCGCAUAUCUCCCUCGUUAGGAGGGAUUCUAUCGAAAGCGAGCUCUAAGGACUCGUUACGCUUCGAUCCCAUCGAAGCCCCUGUCACAGACGUGGCAGAGAAUGACCUAUAUGUGGCUUCGACAUUUGCGUACGCAUUUGUGUGUGCCAACCACCGACAGACUUCAGGUGAAGACCUCUCAAUUGCGAUCAAAACGCAUCUGCUUAAGAUAGCUCAGGUCAGCGAGAGCCGAGCUGAAAAGUUUUUGAAAACUGUUAUUUGCACAGUUUAUCAGUUGUUCGGACUUACUCCAGAUGCUACGAAAGAACUCAAGGACAAACUGAUAAUGAGUCGUCCUAUACAGAGAGCUAUGCUUUUGCAAUCUGAACUGGCGUGCUCUUUCACCAAUAAUAAUAUAUACAACAUGUCCCGAACAGCACUGACGCUUAGAAACAUACUGUUCGCGUUCAAUGGGGUAUCUCGAAAUAUCCAGGUUCUUAUUCAUCAUAGCGCUACGAUGAAUUUUCAGCAACCAAAUGGGAAACUAUUUCAAUUUGCAUUUUCCAAGCAAGACCUGAUAUACUCAUUGAUACCGGGUGCCAAAUGGUUUGUGAAACUAGUGACGUUCCUCACUCAACAGAUGAUCGUUUUGAUCAAUUCCCCUAAUGAUAAAGAAAACACUCUGGUGCUAGGAAUUUUUAGCUCGAAAAUGACAAGACAGCUAUUACUUUCAGUACUGAGUGAGAUAAAGAAAGUGAUUCAUCUAGUCACAAAAUUCCCAGAGACAUCGUUUCCUGUUUUGAACGAAUCUUCGAUAUUUUUGCGUAAAGUCUUGGGCGAUUCACCGGUCAAUUUCGAAAAGUUUGAAACCUUUUUGGCGGACGUUAACAAUAAGUUCACGUCACUUGGAGAGAGUCCAAUUGUGGGGAGCUCUACAAAAGACUCUUACCUCAUCAUAGAAGGCGAUAUCCCCCCCGAAGUGUCACAGCUGAAAGAGUUUCUACUGUCCUACUCGAACACCGCGGUUCUGUCGCACAUAAAGCCAGCUGAGGUAUAUUUCUCCGAUACCCGUGGACUUCGCAUAUUUUCCUCAGAAAUGUUCCCGUCGCCGUAUUUCAAGCUUUUACAGCCUCUGGAAAAGGGUAUUGUGGUAUCCAGCGACGUAAUAUCUAGUAAUAUCCCAUCCAGAUCUCUAUGCGUGGUGGAAACCGAUGAUAUAUCAAAAGAGCCGCUUGGCUCUGGGAACUAUAGGCUAAAACGGUGCUGCAGGUGUGGUGCUGUGUCUCGUGCCGGCUAUCCAGUGACCUCUGAAGAUACCAUUGUUCCUACAAGUGUUUCCACAAAGCGCUGGACCAGCUUAUAUGUCAAGGUCUGUAUUUGCUCCGGCCUUCUCUACGAGCUUGAAGAAGACACUCACCACUGA